CUCUCGCCAACCCACUCCGUCGUCCGUAGCGUGCUGACCAUUUCCCCUUCCAGCCUGCCCACUCCCCACCGUCCUUUUUGUUUCUUCCGCUCCCUUUCAUGCUCCAACCUCCUGACGCUGCUGAGCACUCUCGUUCCUCUCUUCUUCCUCUUCUCCUGCUUUUCUUCCCCUUCACUGUCCAUUUUCACUCUAUACGCUCUUUGGGUUGGGAACUCGGGAAUCCCUCUUCGCUAGCUCUCUCUAUCUCUCUCUCUCUCUCUCUCUCUCUCUCUCUUUCUCUGUGUCGCUCCUCGUCCCCUCUCUCGUCCAUGCUUGCUUCUUUGAACGCUUCUUUCUUAGCAUUGGGAUUGGAAUUGUUUCCGUCCCAGCCCUAGAACCUCAGAAAGCCCUCCGACUCGAAGAUGCUCAUAUAGUGCUCCUUACAUCCGUGGUAUUCUCAUCUCGCUCGUGUGUCGCGCAUUUGGACGGCGUAUCUCCCCCCCUUUACUGCCUGUUGUUGAGGUAUUGUCCUAUCCAGUCCAAUCCCUCCCUCAUCCCCUUCUCUCUGUCUCUCUUCCAUACAGCGCCAAUUGAGUUGUAUAUUUACGCCUUAUAUGUUCCUCACAGUGCAUUCUUUUGUCGACCCUCGUUUGUACCGGUAUAUAUCUGUUAUCUGCGGGCAGAAAACAUCCAAAAAUGACAGUCAGCUACGAUCAAUCGUAUCGGACUCCUAAUACGGCUCCGCUGGAGGAUAGGUUUGAGGUUAUAAGACAGAUCGGAGAUGGAAGCUUUGGAAGCGUGGUGGUCGCCCGAGUGCGAACCGCGGGUUCACACGUGGCGAAGCGAGGUACAAUGGUUGCGAUCAAGACGAUGAAGAAAACGUUCGAGUCGUUUUCCUCCUGCCUCGAACUUCGUGAGGUAAUCUUCCUUCGGACACUUCCCCAUCAUCCUCACCUGGUUCCUGCCCUCGACAUCUUCCGCGACCCGCUCAGUAAAAAGUUACAUAUAUGCAUGGAAUACAUGGACGGUAAUCUUUAUCAGUUAAUGAAAGCUCGGGAUCACAAGUGCCUGGACGGAAAAAGUGUGAAAAGUAUUUUGUUCCAGAUUUUGUCUGGUCUCGAUCAUAUUCACGCACACAACUUUUUCCACCGGGAUAUCAAGCCGGAAAACAUCCUCGUUUCCGGAUCAGCGCCUUUCGAAUCGGUUCUGGGCCGCUAUGCAACACCUCCCUCCACACCUCCAAACUAUACUGUUAAGAUUGCGGACUUUGGAUUGGCAAGAGAAACGCACUCGAAGGUCCCAUAUACUACAUACGUCUCCACGAGAUGGUAUCGGGCCCCUGAAGUUCUGUUACGCGCUGGGGAAUACUCCGCGCCCGUUGACAUGUGGGCUAUUGGUGCGAUGGCCGUGGAGAUUGCUACCUUGAAACCUCUAUUUCCGGGAGGGAAUGAAGUUGACCAGGUUUGGCGUGUUUGCGAGAUCAUGGGCAGUCCAGGAAACUGGUAUAACAAAUCAGGAGCCAAGGUGGGCGGUGGUGAGUGGAAAGACGGUAUUCGCUUGGCUCAGAAAUUGGGUUUCUCGUUUCCCAAGAUGGCACCGCAUUCUCUGGAAAGCAUCUUGCAACCACCCCAGUGGCCAGCUUCUCUCAGUCAUUUUGUCACCUGGUGUCUGAUGUGGGAUCCAAAGAACAGGCCAACAUCGACGCAGGCAAUAAACCACGAAUAUUUUGCCGAUGCCGUUGACCCAUUACGUCCGAAAUCAUCUACUGCCCGACUUAUUGGCCGCAAACAAUCUGACAAGAGCUUCAAGGGCCAAGGAGAUUCUCCUGGACUGUCCUCUAAAUCUUCAUGGUUCCGACGCUCGCUCAUCGGAAGAUCCGAAAGUCCCGCCCCCACUUUGGAGCAAAUCGACAGUUCGAAGCAGACGCCUUAUAAUGGUGGUGCUGAUUCCCCGGCAAAGGCCAAGGCUUCAACUAGCAAACGUGCCACAUGGACACAUGGAGCACCGAUGCCCAUUCUGCCGUCAAUUCGACCUGUGUCCCCACUGUCAAAUGCCGUGCAUGCUCAGGCCAACUCUUCUAUUACUGGUGACAACUCGCCGUCAAAAGCCAAUAGCAAGACUGCAUCCAAAAAGAUUGGCCGCCAAUUAUCUGUUAACUCGAAUGGCAACCAUUAUGCAGAUAUUCAUCGCCAAGAAGCUGAGAGAGCGCUCAAUGGAGGUACCAACGUGACCUCUCCCAGUGCAUUGAAAGAGAGCUUCUUCUCCCAUCUCAGAAAACGCGCCCGAAGGCUAUCAGGACGAAACCAAGUACCGGCUCCCAGUGAUGAUGUUGAAGCUAGCAACGGCUGUGUCCCAUGGUCGAAUCGUUCCUCCAUGGCUCUUGAUCCUGUGAAUAUUGCUGAAGGAAAGUCCGGUCAGGAUUUAUUGGAUCUAGACACAGCUCUCCAGAAUGUACGAUACAGCAUGGAUAUGUCUUCACCUCCGAAUGUUCCUAUCCACACUUGUGGAACCACAGGCAAUACCCCAAAACGCCAGUCAGUACCGCAUGCUCAAGCAGUUCGCGUAAUAGAAAAUGGAACCAUUGCAAAUGGAACAUCUCUCUCGAGCCGAACUCGGCGAGUUAUGCAGGGAUCCACUCGGUCGGUUCCGCGGUACGAGACCCCUGAAGAGGAAGAUGAACUCUUGCACGAGGUUCUUCACUCGACCAACUCAGCUGCGCGACGCCUGGGACAAGGUUCGAUUACCAUGGAUGAAGCUACCCGUGAUACCCUCUUCCAAAAUCUCAACAACCAGCCAAGCCUUUCCACUGACGCCAACCGUCACAAUCCGUAUCCAACGCCAUCGCCCACUGCGCGACGAGAUGGACCAGCAUUUCUCUCAGAUAUAACACCGUCAAAACCGUUGGGAAUGAAUAAACCUGGGGUCGAAAGCCACCGACAGUGGCCAACACCGCCGUACGACGAAGCCGAAUGGGCAAAUGCCACUGCAGCGGACAUGUUUGCCGCGGAAAAUACGUACAGAUAAAUUCCGGCACUUCUCUCCUCAUCCGACGCAUCUCUGUCGACAUCGACUAUAUUCAAAUCACAAUGCAGCUGCCUUGUUUCCUUUUUCGCCGAUGCUCUUGCCAUUUUGCUCCUCCCACCUUUGCUCUUGUCCAAACAUAUCCGGCAGCAACAAUACCGCAUUAAUAUCACAAAUUGUUUCGAAUCUUGCGGAUUCCUAGGCGUCAGGGUCAAUUCGCACAUUUUAUAGACUGGUCCUCUCUCCCGGGUCGGGUGGUUCUUUUUAAUUAGGGUUGCACAUCUUUUUUGUGGCAUUUGUGUGUUCAUGGUCCUUUAUUUCCGGUUCGAUUUUUCAUCUUAAUCUUCUCUUUCAUUUCUAUACCCCCCGGCCGAUUUUAGAUUUUACCCCUGGCCUUUGCGAUAUAUGUACAUUUUCCUAAUCAUCUCACUUACUUACUCCCUUUAUUGGUCGAUAUACUUUUUAGUUACCUGGAGGCACUUAGCACUCUCACCUCACCGCGCGAGCCGCGACAUUCUUGUCCCUGCAUAUCCUAGUCGCUUGAUCCAGCAACCACAUUUUCCUAUGCUCGUAUCUUUUAUAUCUACUUACAUAUUUGCAUUCUCUGUACAUUCCUUGGCCUGCAAGUCUCCUUUCAUUUAUUAUGUCCAUUCGCUUGCUUUUUCCACACUUAUCAAUUAGCAGUCUUUCACUUGGUGUUUUUUCAUCUCGGUCGUUCUGGCGCUGAAGAUAUAUAGACAUGGACGGCGAUUUGGGGGCGGUGGCGAUCGUUCAUUCACUUAACAUGCAUUCUGGGGCUUCGAAGUCGACAAAUACUUGUUUGCUCGACAAACUCAUAUAACACUCGCAAAAUAAUCCGUCUCUUUUCCGUGUACCCCAUUUGUUCUCUUUUCUUUUCUUUUGUCUUUCUCUUUUGUUGUGUCCCCGAGAUGGAAAUGGGCAAAACGGAGGGUCAGGAUGUGUGAAGAUACCAUGGGAUUUUUAUACUCAUCCUUUUUUUAUAUUUUAUUUUAUUUUAUUUUUCUUUUCUCUUCCCCUCGUCUAUCUGUACUUUUAUACCGUCUGCUUUUCCACUUCUACCUUUUUUAUUUUAUUUUUUUCAACACAUAUUUUAUUUACAUAGGCCAUUCCUAUAUAUUCCGCUUACUCUGUUUCUAUGGAGUUAGUCGCAUCCAAAUACCAAUCCAAUAAAAGCGUUGU